AUGUCACCAGCGAAACAUUCGCCAACACCACAACACAUCGACAACCACCGCAGUUCUUCAACUGCGCGUCUGUUACUCCCGUGCCGUGAGACUGCUCGACCUUUGGCAACCUUUGGGCUUCUACAAGCCCUUCGAUUCAGCAACGAAACAACCAAGUGA